UCUCUAUUGAGUAUGAAGAAUUAUUUCCCGAGAUCUCCUGAGUUUUACACUCUUUUUACGAUCCACAACACUAAAAAAAUAGGACAGCAGUGAAAGAACGCUCGGGAAAAAAAAAAAAUAAAACUCAGAGAUAACUUCGCAAUUUUCCUUCAUAAUUCAAACAAAGUCAAGUUCAUAACAAGUGUGCGGGAAUGAAGGCCAGUUCUAAUUAAUCCUACUUUAUCCACACUGGAAAAUAUCCACGAGAGACACGAGAAACAAAGGAAAAGCCAAGAGUGAAGGCUCCUGAAUUUAUUGAAAUUCGGAAUCGACGCGUUAUGGGUCGAGAGAGAGCAGAGCGCGAAAUUUGUUCGAUGCGUGUCGCGUCGGGAAAAUCGAGAGGGGUCAAAUAGUAGCUAUGUAAACGAGAAAAGGAACCCGAGGAAUGUAUCUAGAAUCAAACAUGAAAAAUCGUAUGUCGAACGCGUCGCAAAAGUUCGUCGAAUUCUUUGCACAAGUCGCCUGUUGGUUAUGGGAGACCAUCGAAAAGUUAUUGGACAUCAUUCUCGAUUUCUUGGCCAGGAUAAUCGAGCUGAUACUAGCGGUGAUGAACCUGAUUUUCCAGGUGAUCUGCUUCCUAAGGGAUCUCUGGUUCGAGGCCAUGCAAACGUUCGCGAAUGUCUUUCGGGGGAUCGUUAACGUUGUCAGCAAUAUCAGCUGCGAAGAGGUCGAGGAUUUCGCCUCUGCCUGCAUCGUCGUUAUACUUUGGUUCGGAGUAUUUAAGGUCGUCAAAAACUUAUUCCAAAACUCUCGGAUAGCUGCAUACCUUUAUCCAGAAGCGGCUUCCGAUAUAAAUAAUAAUAAAGUAGAGAGAUUCGGGCUUGAAGUUUGUUCGCCCUGUGGUCAGAGGAGGACAGGGAGAAGGGUGAAUCGACGUAAUGGAAAACGAUUUCGAGCCGAUCCCAAGGAAAAUGACUAG